AUUUGUUUCCAGCAUAUCUCAUAAUUCGUUCAGAAAAUCAGGUACUAAGCCUGGAUUUACAUGAAAAAAUUCUUAACGAAAGUGAACCUCGUUUCGGGAUUUUCUAGAACAAACCAGACCAGACUCUGUGUUGAGUCAAUUGUUGGUGCCAAAAUGAGUGGAAGUCAAAGGCCAGAUGUCAAUGGACAUGGGUCAACGAACAGCAUGGGGAAAAUAUACAGGUUGAAUAAAAACAAUGAUAACUCUGAUAUUAUUGAGAAAUUAGUCAAAAUUUUACAGCAAGGGGGGGUCAUUGCGUUGCCAACGGAUACACUAUAUGGGGUCGGUUGUCUUGCGCAAUCAUCUGAAGCGAUUGAAAAAAUUUACAAACUAAAAGGUCGCGACCUUUCCAAACCAAUAGCAAUUUGUGUCGGGGAGGUUUAUGAUGUAUUUCAAUGGGGAAAAUUCCCUAAAUUACCUGGCAGUAAAGAAGGGGGGGAUAAUAUGACCGAUCGACCGAUUGAAAUUUUAAGUGACUUACUCCCCGGCCCUGUGACGAUUGUAACGGAACGCACUCCCGCCCUCAACAUGGAAUUAAAUCCUGAAACGCAAUUGGUCGGGAUUCGCGUUCCAGAUCACCAAUUUAUACGAGACUUAACAAACAGACUAAAAGAACCGCUUGCUUUGACGUCAGCAAAUCUUUCUGCAUCAAUGAGCCCGUUAUGCAUCGAUGAUUUUGACUAUUUACACCAAAAAUUGGACGCUAUAAUUGACGGAGGUCAUGUCGGACUUAUAAACGGUUUACACAGUGCGUCGUCACGACAAGGGUCGACCGUAUUUCGAAUCCAACAAGAUGGAAAAUCCUUCAAAGUGCUUCGACCGGGAUGUGCGUAUGAGCAGACUGUUCAUACAUUACAGGAAAAAUGGGGAAUCAAGCUCUCACCAUGACUACGUGGCAUGACUGAUAACUAAAUCCAGUCUAUUUGUUUUUCUAUGGGUCUUGACUAUCGUAAUAUUGCUUGGUAUUUGACUACUGUCUUCCAACUCUGAGAAAACCAGAUUUUAGCC